AUGCCACGCGCAGUCAGGGGGGUUCUCAUCGAGUGCGACCCAUCCGUCAAAGCCAUCAUCCUCAAAUACGACGAAGAACGACACGACUAUAUCGUGGAAGAUCUGGACGACGACCGCCACCUCGUAAUCAAGGAGAGCCAGCUGCAGAAUCUCAAGUACCGUCUUGGAAAGGAAUUGGAUGACAAGGUCAUGCAGCCUGACGAGUCGGAGUCGGAAUAA